UGGCUCUAGAUGCCGAGGAGAAAGGUUGUCGUUAUCGGUUUGCUCUGAUAGUGAACAUCGUGCCCGCUCAGCUUGCCUUCCAUCUGUCCAAGCGUGUUAAAGGCGGUUAACCCAUCCGUGUUUUUAUUUAAUUUUCGGACGUACUUUAUUGUAUUAAAUUUAUAUUCUCAGUCAACAGUCGUGUUCUAUAUUCUCGGUCAUGUCGUGCUCAAAGUGCAAUUCGGAUUUCCAAGACAAUGCCGAUUUAAUAAAGUGCACAAGUUGUAAAAAAACUUAUCACGUAGCGUGCACGCGUGUACGCACGGCAGCGAAACUAGCUGCUCUCGGUGUAAAAAAAGACACAUGGCAGUGUGACGAUUGCUUCAAGCCUGGGCCUGUGCCGUCUUCUGAUACGAAUUCCAUCCUACAAGCGAUCAAGAACCUCGAAAUCAAAGUGGACUCGAAACUAGACGCUAACACUAAGACUAUUUCAUCGUUAGAAAGUGCGGUAAACUCAAACACAACAGCUUUAAAUGGACUUCGAAGUGAUCUGAGCAAAGUGCAAUUGGAUAUAGGAAACCUAAAAGCGGAAUGUGAGGGUCUGAAAGUAAAAAACAAAAAACUUAACGAGGAUUUGUGGCUAGCUAGACAGGAGAUCAGUGAUGUGCAGCAAUACACGCGUAAAAACAAUAUAGAAAUAGUGGGUAUUCCGUUUACUCAGAAUGAAGAUAUCUAUCUAAUUAUCGAGAACAUUGCUAAAGCUUUGAAAUUAUCCUUUUCUCGGUCAGAUAUUUCUAUAGCUCAUCGCAUACCUUCAACAAAAAAAGGGAAAAUUCCUUCUAUAAUAGUGUCAUUCAUUUCAAGAGGUACCCAAAAUUCAUGGAUGUCGGCCGGGAAAAAAAGAGAUCAGCGUCUAACCACAAAGGACGUAAGCGACUCAUUACCAGCUGGGGACGUGUACAUAAAUGAUCAUCUCACUCCGAAAAACAAAUUCCUACUCUCUUAUGGAAAGAAUCUUGUGAGGGAGAAGAAGAUCAACGGGGCCUGGUUCAAGAACGCGAAGAUGUGGGUGAAGGUGCGAGCUGACGACCCGCCAAUCCGAGUGUUCACUCCACAAGAUAUUGACGCUUCCUGUGAUAACAACCAGACUAACACAUAAAAGCAGGUGACCAGAAAUACAGGAAUGGACAAUCCAAGGACCCAAACAAGCUGGAAUGGAGCACGGCUCGUCACUUGUCCCGCCGAUGAAGGAGGUGCAGGGGGCGGAGAAGGUUGAGUUGGACUUUGUCCAACUCAUCAAUCAGCCUGUAGACAAACCCUGGGUGCCGCUGAGAGAGUAAAAGGAGGAUGCUCCCUACCCCAUUAUCAGCGCGAGGGAGCAUACGAAUAAACAUGGGCGACGAGUUAUUUUAAAAAUUAGCAAUGCACCAAGCAAAUCUGUGUGUGAGGUAUAUUUACCACAACGAUUUGCUUCCUGCAUUACCACGGAAAAAAUAGAACAAUUUAAUAAAAGUUGUAAAAAUUUGGUAAUGAUAGUAUCACAUAAGUCGGGGAAUUGGACCGAUAUAAAAAUUGUUAAGCAUUAACAAUUUCUCUAUCUAUACAAUUCAUCGACUUA